GCGGGGAGCCCGUGAGUCGCGGGAGCCGCCGGGUCUUGCGGGUCCUGCGGUGCCAUGAUCCGGAACGGGCACGGGGCGGCCGGCGCUGCUGGGCGGAGGGCCCCGGCGGGCCAGCGCACCGUGCGGGUGUGGUGCGACGGCUGCUAUGACAUGGUGCAUUACGGUCACUCCAACCAGCUGCGCCAGGCACGGGCCAUGGGGGACUACCUCAUCGUCGGUGUGCAUACAGACGAGGAAAUUGCCAAGCACAAGGGGCCCCCAGUGUUCACCCAGGAGGAAAGGUACAAGAUGGUACAGGCCAUCAAGUGGGUGGAUGAGGUGGUGCCCGCUGCUCCCUACGUCACCACACUGGAGACACUGGACAAGUACAACUGUGACUUCUGUGUUCAUGGCAAUGAUGUCACGCUGACAGUAGAUGGCCGAGAUACCUAUGAGGAAGUGAAGCAGGCUGGGCGGUACAGAGAGUGCAAACGCACCCAGGGUGUGUCCACCACAGACCUCGUGGGCCGGAUGCUGCUGGUGACCAAGGCCCACCACAGCAGCCAGGAGAUGUCCUCCGAGUACCGGGAAUAUGCUGACAGUUUUGGCAAGCCCCCUCACCCGACACCUGCCGGGGACAUACUUUCCUCAGAAGUCUCCUCCCAGUGCCCUGGCGGGCAGAGCCCCUGGACGGGGGUGUCCCAGUUUCUACAGACUUCCCAGAAGAUCAUCCAGUUUGCUUCUGGGAAGGAACCGCAGCCUGGGGAGACAGUCAUCUAUGUGGCCGGUGCCUUUGACCUGUUCCACAUCGGGCACGUGGACUUCCUCCAGGAGGUGCACAAGCUAGCCAGAAAGCCCUACGUCAUCGCCGGCCUACACUUUGACCAGGAGGUGAACCGAUACAAGGGCAAGAACUACCCCAUCAUGAACCUGCAUGAGCGGACGCUGAGCGUGCUGGCCUGCCGGUACGUUUCAGAAGUGGUGAUCGGGGCACCAUAUUCCGUCACGGCAGAGCUCCUGGCUCACUUCAAGGUGGACCUCGUGUGUCAUGGGAAGACAGAAAUUGUACCCGACAGGGAUGGCUCUGACCCCUACCAGGAGCCCAAGAGAAGAGGCAUCUUCCGUCAGAUUGACAGUGGCAGUGACCUCACUACAGACCUGAUUGUGCAGAGGAUCAUCAAGAACAGGCUGGAGUAUGAAGCCCGGAAUCAGAAGAAAGAGGCCAAGGAGUUGGCGUUCCUGGAGGCCAUGAGGCAGCAGGAGGCACAGCCCACGGGGGACUCUGCCUAGCUUCUGACCUGGAAGAUGCCGUUGAUGCCCUUGUCCUGUGCCCGCCUCUCCUCCCUGCCCCGCUCUGCUUCUGUGUCUUGGUAUCAGCUCACACAAUCCCAAAGGAAGCAGGCCUUGCUGGAGGGUGCUGUGCUGGCUGCCCGUGAGGUGCCUGUCUUGCAGCAGCCUCUCAGCGCUUUCAGCAGAGCUGCUCAGAGAGUGGCAGCACAGUGAGGCCGCCCGGUGAGCGGGAUAAGCAGAGGGCGCCUGUGACUGGAGGAGUGUGCAUCCUUGGUCCACAUCUUCCAACUGCCACUGCCCAGGCUUGGCUGGGGCCACCCUCCUGCUGACUGGAAGCUGCAUAUCUGCCUACCCAGCUUUGGUGAGAGGUACAGAGGGGUAACUGUGGGGACCUGUUAUCCUGGGUCACCUGCAAGUGGGCACCCUGUCACUUGGGGCACGUUCUAGCACCCCAUUCCUGACUCUGAGAAGAUGCACUUGCCCUGACAGCCGGGCCAGCAUGGCUGGCCUCCGCACAGACUUCCUGGGCCUCAUUUUGUACCUCAGUGGACAAUGUAAACCUCUGUGGCUCAUCUGAAUAAAGCCGAGUGGGAAGUG